AUGAAGAGGGAGAUCCUGACCCUGGCCUUCGCCCGCUCCGUCUUCGUGGAGUUUCUCUCCACCCUCAUCUUCGUCUUCAUCGGCCUGGGCUCAGCCCUGAAGUGGCCCUCGGCCCUGCCCAGCAUCCUGCAGAUCGCCCUGGCCUUCGGCUUGGCCAUCGGGACCCUGGUGCAAGCCUUCGGCCACAUCAGCGGCGCCCACAUCAACCCCGCGGUCACCAUCGCCUUCUUCGUGGGCAACCAGAUCUCCUUCCUCAGGAUGCUCUGCUACGUGCUGGCACAGCUGGUGGGGGCCAUAGCCGGGGCUGGCAUCCUCUACGGGGUGACCCCGGCCAACACCCGCGGCAACCUGGCCAUCAACGCGCUCAACAACAACGUGACCCCGGGGCAGGCGCUGGUGGUGGAGAUCAUCCUGACCUUCCAGCUGGCCGCCUGCAUCUUCGCCUCCACCGACAACCGCCGGGGCGGCAGCGUCGGCUCCCCAGCCCUCUCCAUCGGCCUCUCCGUGGCUGUAGGACACCUGGUGGGGAUUUACUUCACUGGCUGCUCCAUGAACCCUGCCAGGUCCUUCGGCCCCGCAGUCAUCGUCAGGAGGUUCAGCCCUGCACACUGGGUCUUCUGGGUUGGACCCAUCCUUGGGGCUUGCUUGGCUGCUCUGCUCUACUUCUACAUCCUUGUGCCCUACUGCAUGAACAUGUCAGACAGGGUGGCCAUCAUCAAGGGCACCUACGAGUCAGAGGAGGAGUGGGAAGAGCAGAAAGAGGAGAGGAAGAAGUCCAUGGAGCUGACCCCACCCUAG